GAAAAAGCGGUCAAGAUCUGAAACAAUUCGAAAACGUCAUUUUUGUAACGGAAACGGGCUUGAACGCACCGGCCCGCACAAAAUCACAAUAAAUAGACUUGUCUCUCUUCGUCUCAGUGUACGGGACAUGACAGAAAUAACGUGUUUUAUACUUGAAAGCAGUGAUUCCUCGUCCGUCUAAGAUGUAUCAACACACCAUGCCUGCUUUAAAAGACGAGGGCAGGGAUGAGCACUCUGGUCAUUCCGGACAUCAAUGGCCAACUCAACCAUCUUCAACAUUGCCCAGAUCUCGCAGUUUUUUUGCCAGAUUGACUCAAAUGAAUAAAAAUGGAACUCCAGCAAACUCAACAUCAUUUCCCAACGAAUGUCCAGAAGCUGGUAAUGCUAAGGAAAAUGAACAGGCAAGAAAGCCUCUCCUUCGCUCACCAUCCUUACCGUCUCUCCGAGUGGACAUCUCUAAGGACGUGGGUCAAGUUUGUUUGUUUGAAAGCCCCAUCAAGCAAGAGCUGCAGAGAAGCAAUAAGCACGCCAACGAGGAUGCUCCUCUGCGGCGUUCUCCGUCUGUAUCCUCCCUUAAAAUGAGCAACAGACAUGGGAGUCCCAUUCCUCAGCACAUUAAUAGUCGAGCCACUCCACUUCCAAAAAAUGUCGCUCAAAACAAUGCUCAGAACACUAUGUUUGACGUGCAGACACCCUCUCAACCAAACAUCAGUAGGGCCAAUCAAAUGCACAGCUCCACAAGGGCACCUCUUCAGUCCAUAACACCUCUAAAUCGUAGAGAGGUAAUUCACUCGAACCAUAUUACGCUGGGUUCUCACAAAAAAGACCUUCACAUCAUUGACAAGGAAAAUGUUCAGAAUUACACAAAUAAGAACUUGCCCAACCUUGAUUGCAAAGAGCCGACACCUGAAUGGAAAAAGGAGAUCCUGCAACAGUUUAUGGAAACGUCUCCAGCUGCUAUGAAUAACUUUAGCGCCAAGCGACCUUGCGCAGCACCUUCAUCACUCUGCACAAAAGCUGCUCGCACUCUUUUCCACUCGUCCUCGCCUGAUGUUCCAGACAGCGUAGACAUUUUCAGAGAUCAUGUGCAAACGAUUGAGCAAGGAAACUUAUUCUCCAGCAGCAAACAGUCAUUCCAGGCCAACCACAUUUUACACAACACGCCUGUCCCAGCAAAGAAGACAUUCCCCCAGCAAAAGGAGCCGUUUGAGUUCAAACAGCCAAUUUUGCCUCAGCAGAAGCUCAGACAGGACAGUGGAGACCAUGACUAUAUUGUGGUGCAUGACAUUCCAUACAGAAAGGGAGAAAGACUGGGCAAGGGAGGUUCUAGUGAAGUUUUUCAGGUCUUUCGAAUGUCCGACGAUAGUGAAUUUGCACUGAAAAUUGUCUGCCUCAAGGAAUCGGAUGAAGCCACCAAGAAAGGUUUCCUGAACGAGAUAAGUCUUUUGGCCAGAAUGCAAGGAUGCGAAAGAGUCAUCCAACUCAUAGAUUUUGAGCUGUGUGAGGAUAAGGAGGUGCUAUUUGUGAUCAUGGAGAAAGGGGUGCGUGACUUGUCGGCGUUGCUCAAGGACCGCGCAAAGAGGAAGGACAUGCGCGUCAGUACGGUCGAAGCUUUUUGGAAAGACAUGGUUGCGGCUGUGGCUGCGAUCCACGAGCAAGGAAUCAUUCACUCCGAUUUGAAACCUGCAAAUUUCCUCUUGUUUGGCGAAGUUGGGUUCCACCAACUCAAGUUGAUUGAUUUUGGCAUUGCCUCAUCAAUCCAAACUGAUAUGACCAGCGUUAUUAAAGAACAUCCUGCGGGCACUUUUAACUACAUGAGUCCCGAAGCCCUCCAAGGGACCAAUGUAAAAAUCAAUUUCAAGAGUGAUAUUUGGUCUCUGGGCUGCAUUUUGUACUGCCUCCUGUACGGUGUGACACCAUUCCAACACAUCAAGAACUACCAACAGAAGACCGCAGCAAUCUGUGACCCAAACCACGUAAUCCAGUUUCCAGAAAGAAGCCCUAAUAUGUUAGAGGAUGGCCUGAUUCCUCUCCCUCUUCUUGAAACGGUCCAAUUGUGCCUCUCCCAUAACCCUGCCGACCGACCCUCGGCCAAAGAUUUGUUGAAAAUCAAAUAUUGUGGCUGCGAGAAGCCAAAACCACAGAAGCCACAUUUGGACAUUUUAGCCCACGGACUAGCCAGUCUUGUGAAGGAGCAUCCCUUAGGCAAGCAGCUGGCACCUUUGUUGAUUUCUGCUCUUGCAAAAGCCAACGAAAAUCAAUAAUUGAUUCCAACGUUACUGAAACCAGUGCAUUUUGUUUCUCAUGUGUGACUGAAUUAAAUUUAAUGGAACAAUAAUAUAAGCUUGAUUAGUGGAUUACUGUGCUACAUAAAAAUUAAAAAUAAAUAAAAUGUAAGAAUAUUAUUAUAUAGUUUAACAAUUUAAACAUCUUUUUUGUUAAUAGAUUUUUUUAUUUAAUAUUUUCACCUCGAUAUAAUGCUAUACAGCAAAUUUUUAAAGUAAUCAUGCUACCAAACAUGUCACUUCAUUAAAUAUAUUGCA